CGUUUUAUCGAUUAUUAUACGUAUAUAACGUACGUGUUACGAAUAAGUAAAAGAUCUCUUUUAUAUACCUACAUAUACAUAUAUGUGCUACUAUAGAUCGAGACUCACUUCCUGUUCUCUGCAGGACGAACGAUAAUAACACAUACUCGAAAGUCGAGUACGUAUACUCGAGUAAGUUCCCGAUCGGUGGGAGUGGCAAGUAAAGUAAACAAAACGGGACCAAUCGGGAAGAAAGGCUGGUCCGGCUGAUGUUUGUCUUUUUACCCUCCCCCUAUAUCCCCUUCUUGCUUUAAGGGAUGCUGGAAUCGCACCCAAGUCGACACCCUGUACAUCCCUCUUAGCCAAUCGUCUGUUUCUUGCGGAAGAAACUAAAUCUCGGAGAUUAGCUUGGAGAUCUUCUUCCUUGUUAUCCGCUGAGAAAGUUCUUCAGUCUGUGAUUAACGAUUGUAGAAGAUCAUUGAUCAUUGGAAACGCGUUUUUCUUUGCUUAUUUAAAUUUUGUUCAUCAACGAAUCACGUGGACGUUUUUACGAACAUUCUCGUAUCUGAAAUAUUAUAUCUAACGCUUUGUAUUAUAUUUCUUUCGUUUUUUGUUCUUUUACUAUAUAAUCAUCAGUGAACAUUUUUUUUUAAUAUAACGAAAUGAAACGUGUGUGUAAAAGAUAUUACUAAAUGUUGUGUUCGUCCCUUGUCACGCGUGAAGAAUCAAUUAAUAUAAAAGACUGAUUUUCAAGAAUAACAACUUACAUCGAUGCUGCGUACAAAGAGUAAAAACAAAUCAACAAACGAGGCUAAUGAGGAACAAAGUAAACAAAGAAGACCAAAAUGUGCGCGUUGUAGAAAUCACGGUUUAAUAUCCUGGUUAAGAGGACACAAACGAGAAUGUCGUUACAGGGAAUGUCUCUGUCCAAAAUGUUCCCUCAUAGCUGAACGUCAACGAGUUAUGGCUGCUCAGGUCGCUUUGAAGAGACAACAAGCUGCCGAAGAUGCAAUAGCCUUGAGGAUGGCGAAAGUAGCUACAGGUGAAAAACUGAACCGACUUCCAGCAGGGAAAAUAUUUGGGAUGGCUGUGACCGAACCAAAAGGAAUAUCCAGUCAAGAAGAAGAAAAGGAUAAGGAUAUGAGUCCUCGAAAAGUCGAUUCUCCAUUGGAUGAUUCAACGAAGAGGAAUUCGACUGACGAGGGAACGAGAUCAAUGAAAGGAGUAAUAAAUGGAUCAAUGGACAAAGAAGUAUCGGUAUCUCGAAGAUCGAUCGAGACUCUGGCUCGUCUCUUUCCUAGAACUAAAUUAUCAGUCUUACAAUUGGUUCUCCAACGAUGUGGUCAAGAUCUGUUAAAGGCAAUCGAGUAUUUCGCUAGUGAAAGUUUUGGGAUUGGCUCUGUGUCGAGUGCUGAGGUUCCAACGUCAGCCUUUAGACCACCUCAAACACAAGUUGCAUUGGAUCGAGAAAGACCGACAAAUGAUAUAGAUCUAUCGACCAAUAAUCACUUUCCUCCGACUUCCUCGAAUUUUACCAGAAAUUUUUAUCUUGAGGAUGCUUACCGACUUCUCAACGUCCUACCUGAACAUCUUUCCAAAAAUAUCAGUCCAAACACAGGACCAGCAACCUAUCCCACAUCGAUCAUACAUCACUCCGAUUCAUCAGAUCCUUCGACUCUACCAAUUUCUUAUGAUCGAGAAACCGUUGCCCUAACCGUUCGAUACAACGAUUACUUUGCUUCCAGCAUGCAACAACAACUUAGAGAUCGUGUUUAUGCUCAAGUUACCGAUCGCCUUGCCGAUCAUCUUGCUGAUCAGCUCGCACCACCUAGAUCAGCUACUUUACAUUUACCACCUGUAUUUCCUGGUAUUCCUUGUGUCCUACCAAAUUGCACUCAGUGCUCCUAUAAUAUACUCUGAUUCGUUUCUCCAUUUUAACGUUAUUAGUUAUGAUAGAAGAGAAUUGCCAAAAUUUUAUCAUACUUUAAAAUAUUUUGAGUUAUAUCCAUUUAUUUUGUAAGAAUUUUUAUGAAAAUUAAUAUCAAAGAUUGUCAGACGGUUUUUUAAAGAUAUCUGAUAUGUUAAAUUUUUAAUAUAUAUUUAUUGUUGUUGUUAAGUAUUAUUUAUAUUAAAAAAAAAAAGAA